UUGUAGUAUUUUCUCUCUCUAUCAUCGAUAACCUCUUGUCAAAAUACUCGUUAACGAUCUUAAAAGAGACUAUCAACAUUAGGCCUACAACACAAGGAGAGCUCACAGAUCCUACAAAGAAUACCCUGCCCAUACUUGACUACUUCACUGUUUUACUCACGGAGACGCAGCCAUGGCUUCCACAUCAACGAAGGCGGCCGCCAUGAAAUCGAACCUGAAACCAGCAAUGACUCUGCAGGGUCAUGGAGAGUACAUUCGAUGCAUAUCCUAUUUUCCGGAUGGCCAGCGAAUGAUCAGCGGGUCUUAUGAUAAGACUGCUCGGCAAUGGAAUCUGAAGGCGGGUAGGGAGAUUGAGGAAGCGCGGGAUGUUUGCAAGAAGAAAGUCUUGGCAGUUGUAGUAUCCAGGGAUGGUCGAUGGGUUAUCACUGGUGGUGGGGAUUAUAAUAGUGCAGAGCUGAAAGCCUGUGAGAUUGAGACAGGGAUUGUGAAACAACUUCAAGGCCAUUCACGGAUGAUCACCUGCAUUGAUAUCUCUGUAGACAACAUGCUGCUGGCGAGCGGGGCACGCGAUUUUACAGUGCGGAUAUGGAACUUGGACACCGGCAAGCUCAUGACUGGUCCAUUCAAAAGCAUAGGUUACAUGGCUGCAGUUCGAUUCUCCCUAGGCUCGAAGAAGCUCGCAGUCAAGUCGUGGGUGGGAAAUUGGCUCGAGGUCUGGGAUGUCCAAUCGCAGGUGUUGGAUGCGAGGAUAGCUGGGAAAUUUCCGGAUAAUGGAGGAUUCACAAAUGCGCCGGUAUUCUGGACAAACAAAAACAAGAACAUCUUGACUGGAUUCAGCUUCACCGACGACGAUGCCAGGACAAUCUACGAGUUCGACGCAUCGACACUGCAGACUGUCGGUGCUGCCUUCGAAGGGCACACCAAUACUGUCACCGGUCUAGCACUCUCAUUUGAUGGCACUUUCCUGGCUAGUGCUGGUGAAGACGACACCAUCAAGCUCUGGGCUUUUGAGUCCCGCCAGCUCCUUGCUUCUUUCGACGUUCGGAAUCCCAGGGUUCUUGUCCUCUCACCAGACUCGCGCAAACUAGCUUACACGACCGUGUCACACUCCGAAGAUGAUUACAAGAUCUACAUAUGCAACACUCCGCCUGACGUCCUUGCUCAGGCCACUCCCCCCAGUGAUCUACUAAAUUCUAAUGUAACUCUCCGUCCUGCUGCUGGGCGCUGCAGACCACCAAUACCUACCACACAUUUGGUGCAGAGACCUCUGCCCGCAAUAGACCUGCAGCAACCCAUGUUCGCUCGCCUUGGCAAACUUCUUCGCUUCUCUUUCACGAAUGCAUUACGACCUGGUCAGAAGGAUCAACCUCGUGAUCCCUUAGAUUUCUCUGCUACGUUGCCCCUACCCAUCCCUCUCUCGGGGCAUACCUCAACUCAGGGGCAUUCAGAUGUGAAUUCUGUUGAGAACUAUCGAUUAUUGUCAACCACUCGAGCGCCCACAAUCCUACCCACCACAUUCACAGCUCUCAUACACUACCUAACAUCCUGGUGGCCCGUUCGUGGAGGUCACGCACAGCCGUCUGUCGUCGACAUACCUCUCGCGCAGGCUCAAGAGCGCAACGUUGCAGCGGAUGCUCCCAAAAAAGAUGAAGAUAUAGUACCCAUUGAAUAUCUCGACCCUCCCACACCGAACCCUGAUUCACAACAAUCAGCCGCAGUAGCACAUCCUGUCACUGGAGAGCAUGGAGGCGAGCGGUCAUGUUUCUGCUUCUAGCGUGGUGCCAUUGACAUUUCCUGUGGUUAUAAUUGUUAACUCGCAUCUAGUGCUCUAUGGACGUGGAUACGUAUGUUCUUUGUAACUUUAGACUUCGCCUUGUCGCUGAUAUUUUGAGUACAUAAACGAGCCACGUCCAACACAUGCUCAGUAAGCUAUGUGCCAAUGGUGGUUCUUUGCCAUUUUGUGAGAGCUCCUGGAUCAAACAAGGUCUGUUUUUUGAUUAUUAGUGUUUCUGUGAAAAAUGAGCCAAUUCAACUUCCUAUGUGGCAGAUCUAUUACGUAGAAAACAAUUAAAAUCAGCUCAUGGCCAAUUUU